GCGGACCCUUUUCCUUCUUGCAGAGAUCGACGCUCUUGUUUUCAACAUUUGCCGACCAUCAUUGUAACCAACAUGGAAAUGUGAAGAGCUGAAAGCUGUUAACAAUUUGCAGUGUUGGUAUUUCCUGCACGUCAGAGGCUCCUCAGCAGGGAUGAGGGAUCUUCACGCUAUCGACAGCCGGCUCCUGAACGAAUUGAAGUCAUGUCGGGCAAAAGAGUACGACUUUCUUCCCAGAGAGGCCGGCCUGCGGAUGAUGGAGUCCGCUCCCACAGAGGUGACCCACCGAGACGCACGCGCUGGUUCUGCUGUGAGGGCCGGCUCACGGGAUCUAAUGCAGGAAGUUGUAUAUUUUCAGAAUCACAGUGGAGUUUCUGCGAAAUGCAGAGACGCCAGAGUGGAAGAACUGUGGGGUCUGACCAGUUUCUUUGGCUACAGAACUCAAACAUUUGUCCAAGCUGUCAAUUUGCUUGAUAGAUUCCUCACUAUCAUGAAGGUGCAGCCCAAACACUUGCCCUGCAUCGGAGUCGGCUGUCUUCACAUUGCGGCGAAGAUGGUCGAGGAAGAGAACGAUGUGUCGCCCACCCAUGAACUCAUCCGUAUCAGCCAAAGCAAGUUCACUGUGUCAGACCUGUGUCGCAUGGAGAAGAUUAUCUCAGAGAAGCUCAGCGUGGCGCCCGAGGCAGUGACGGCUUUAACUUUUCUACGCCUCUACUACCCCACCUUCACAUUCCUGUCUGCUGGAAGGGAGGAGAUCCCAAGCAUUGGGAGACUGGAAGCCCAGCUUAAAGCCUGCUUAUGCCGACUUGUUUUCUCUAAAGCAAAACCAUCCGUGCUGGCACUGUCCCUCAUUGCCCAGGAGCUUGAAGCCCUCCAGUUCACCGCCUUGUCGGAGAUUGUACAGCAAUUCCAAAGACACCUAAAGAUCAGCGACGGCGAGCUGCUCCACUGGAAGGAGCUUGUGGCCAAAUGCAUGACUGAAUACUGCUCGAGUGAAUGUAACAAACCAGACAACAAAAAGCUUGUUUGGAUCGUGUCCAGGAGAACGGCUCAAAACCUUCAGGCCAACCACUUCAGCGUGCCCGGCCUGCCGACGAUUCCUGAGGCCAUCUGGGACGAGAGUGAGAGUGAGGACUCCUGUGAGGACAUGAGCUGUGGAGAGGACAGCCCAUGCGGCUCACCAGGAAGUGACGGCGAAGGAGCCUUCUUCCUUUCCACUUUUCUCCACCGCAAAAAGUGAAGCUUCCUCAAUGUGCAGCAGCCAACGUCUGUUUGUUUGCCCCGAUUGUAUCCGAUUCAAGGCACUCACCCCGUUUCUUAGCGAUAGGUUUCACCUGUCCUACCACCUCAGGUAUGGCAUGUGGCAGGUUUCAAUCAUUAAGUGCCUGUGUUGAUUCAGUUUACUGUCAGUUUUUUUUUUCUAUGUUGAUUAUAUCGCAAUAUAUUGGCAGCUGGAUGGUAAAGCGUCUCAACGUCUCUUUUUCCCGAGAUGUUCUCGGUGUUUGUUUGUGUCCGAGCUCGCCACAUUCAUGGAAAUUAGUGGAGCACAAAGGACAACUUGUGUCAGUCAUAGACUCUGUCUCUUGACUUCCACACUAGCACAUCCACCAUCUUUUUUUAGACCUGUUUUUCUACUCGCUAUCUACAUGUAUGCAGGAUCCUGCUAGAAUAUGUUACACAUAUGCACCCAAUCCUAAUGUGACUUAUAGCACGUCUUAGUGUGACAAUACCAGACUGUUAGUGCAUGGAUACAUUUAAAUAUGUGAUUAUGAACACAUUUUGUCCAUGUUUUUUAAACCAAAAUAAGCUUAUUGUAAAAAAAGAAAGUUAAAAAAAAUGUAUAUAAAAUGUAAAAAAAGAAAAAAGUUUUGUGAACCCUACAUAAUGUGUGUUGUAUGUGGAAGAUGUUGGAUGGGUAAGAAAUAACACUUCCAAAUAAAAGAAGUGCUUUUCAUCCUCUUGUUUCUUCUGUUCCAGUUCACUUGCUUGUGUCUUGACUCAUCCCCCACUGGUGAAUUGGGUUGCUGCCAAAAAUGUUGGCAUUGAUAUUGCAUGGUAACUCACUGAGACCAAUGUGAAACGCCAACGUAUUCUCACUUAAAGUCAUAUACAGAAGAUGAUUUUGUCAUGUUUGAAAAUGUUCAGGUGUCCUCAUGACACAAACUGCAUGUAUAAGGGAUGAGAAUUAAUUUUGUAUCCUGCAGCAGUUAUGCCGUUAAGCAUCAGUUAUGCUACAAGCCUUUGUUCUAUUGCAAAAUGUCAUAAGUUCAUGCAUCUGCCUAUUCACAAUAAAAUGUGUUUUAUUAAUACAA